ACCGAGAAAUUCAGUUUCAUUUUAAUUUUUGCUUCACUUUAUUAUUUUAAUUAUCUUAUGAGACAUAAAGUCACACAACUGUAUAAUUAGAGUAAAGGGUCACCAAAAAAGUAGAGAUAUUAUUAUAUAAUACAUUAUUUUACUUUUUGUUUCCAAAAACACGUCUAUUUUUAUUGUAUUACUUGUUGUUAAAACAAAACUAAUAGUAAAUGACAACAACUAAUAAUAAUAAUAAAAUGAAUAACACUGUCAAUCAAUUGAUGUCAAACCAUAUCUGCUGUAAUAAUAAUAAUACCGAUGAAAAUGAAUCAAUUGAAUCACUUAAGGAUUAUUUUGAGCGCACCCGUAGUCUCAAUGCACCCAGUCCUAUUUAUCAAUUUGGACCCUGUGGACGUAUCAUGAAAAAUUCAACUGUUGUAAUGACAAUCCAAGACCCGGCGAGUCAGAGGUUGACGUGGAAUAAGCCUCCGAUCAGUGUUUUGGUUAUCAAAAAAAUACACGACUCGCUGGUCAUUCAGCCGUUCAUUGAUUUGAUUCGUUGGCUUAUUUGGGAAAAGAAAAUGUCAGUCUAUGUAGAAUUGGCUGUCAUGGAUGACCCACAGCUUAAGAGUAACCAAUUAUUUCAACCAUUCAAAGAUAAAUUGUGUACUUUUAAGGAGGGUAUGGACGACCUGACAGAUAAAGUCGAUUUUAUCAUAUGUUUGGGCGGUGACGGCACUCUCCUCUAUGCUUCGUCACUAUUUCAGCAAAGUGUGCCGCCAGUGAUGGCCUUUCAUUUGGGUUCUCUUGGAUUUCUUACACCCUUUGAAUUCGACAACUUUCAGGAACAGGUGUCCAAUGUCCUCGAGGGUCACGCAGCACUGACACUGCGAAGUCGACUGCGAUGUCUUAUUGUCCGUAAAAAUGAAACGAUUUCAAUGGUAGAGAAAACCAAACAAAAUUCCUGUCAUUUGGUACUCAACGAAGUAGUGGUAGAUCGCGGACCGUCACCCUAUCUGUCAAAUAUUGAUCUAUACAUUGAUGGCAAACACAUAACAACCGUCCAGGGAGACGGUCUAAUUGUAUCGACACCUACUGGAAGCACUGCCUAUGCUGUAGCAGCCGGUGCUUCAAUGAUUCAUCCGAGUGUACCGGCAAUUAUGGUCACUCCUAUCUGUCCACAUUCACUAUCAUUCCGUCCAAUAGUAGUUCCAGCCGGUGUUGAGCUCAAGAUAUGUGUUUCGCCCGACUCGCGUAACUCGGCCUGCGUUUCAUUUGACGGCCGUAACAGACAAGAGAUACAAUUGGGAGACAGUCUAAGAGUGACGACAUCAAUAUUUCCGGUGCCAUCGAUUUGUGCCGAAGACCAGAUCAGCGAUUGGUUUGACUCAUUGGCCGAAUGUCUUCAUUGGAAUGUUCGGCGAAAACAGCGUCAGUUCGAUGAAUACUCGGAUCUAUUGCACAGUUCCAGCAGUGACUCACUCGACAAACAUAUCGAUAGCUUAGAGAGUUAGUUGAAAGAUCAUUGUCACCGAUCAUCAACUUAUUAUCACAAAUAAU